CGCCCGUGCUCCCCACCCGCACUUUCGCCAGCGCGGGAAGCACUUUGCGCUUCCGGAGCGGCCGAUUCGUCACCGUUUACCUCAGACCCCGCCUCAGCCUCCGCCUCCUCCGUCCCGGCCCGCGCUUCCCCAGCGCUUCCCAAGAGCUUCCCGAACGCUUCCCCAGCGCUUCUCGAACACUUCCCGAGCGGUUCCCGAGCGCUUCCCUCUGUCCCGGCCCGCGGGUUCUUCAGUCUGACUUGAAUGAGAGACCCAAGAGUAAAGGCCUUCCCCAGCAUUCCCAUCCACAGAGCUGGACAAGAUGCCAAAACAGGAAAAUGGAGAAAAAGAAGAGUCUGUCAUCCAGAAUGAUCUCAGUGAAUCACUGGAAGAAGAAGUCAGAGCAUUCCUCAGUGAUGAAGAGAAACUUCACCUUUUUGAUGACCUCACAAAAGUUAAUCCAGUGACAACUGCAACAGUUCUGAAAUGUCUUCAAGCAAGAUAUGCAGCAAACUUGUUUUAUACCAAUGCUGGCUGCAGCCUGGUGGCUUUAAAUCCUUUUCAGCCUAUCUCCUGCCUCUACUCACCUGAGCUUAUGAGAGAUUAUCACCUUGCACUUCAUCCUCAGGAUUUAAAACCUCACAUCUUUGCAGUGGCUGAACAAACCUACAGAAACAUCCACAGCCAGAUAGACCCCACAAACCAGUCUAUAAUUGUUAGUGGAGAAAGUGGUGCUGGGAAGACCUGGACAUCUCGCUGCCUUAUGAAAUUUUAUGCUUCUGUUGCUGCUCCAGUGAUCUCUCCAAAAGGCAAUGGAGCUGUGGAGAGGAUAGAGAAGAGAGUGCUGGAUUCCAACCCUGUCAUGGAAGCAUUUGGAAAUGCCUGCACCCUGAGGAACAACAACAGCAGCCGCUUCGGGAAGUACAUCCAGCUCCAGCUGGACAGAUUCCACCAUCUGCGUAGUGCUUCCAUUCAGACUUUCCUUCUGGAGAAGACCCGAGUUGCCUAUCAGGCCCCCAAUGAAAGAAACUUCCAUAUUUUUUAUCAGAUCACAAAAGGUGCCACUGCUGAGGAGAGGCUGGAAUGGAACCUCCCAGAUGGGGCUGACUACCACUGGCUGCCAAAUUCUGAAAGAAAUUUAGAUGAGGACUGCUUCGAGGUGACCAGAGAUGCAAUGUUUCACUUGGGCAUUGACAGCUCCACGCAGAACAAUAUUUUCAAGGUGCUGUCAGGCCUUCUCCAUCUUGGGAACGUGGAGUUCUCUAAUCCAGUGGAUGAAUCUCAACCUUGUGAACUAGAAGACAAAGCCGAAGAUUUUGUGAAGACCACUGGAGAUUUGCUGAAGAUACCUGUUGAGGAACUACUGGAAUCCUUAAGAAUUCGUACAAUAACUGCUGGAAAACAACAACAAGUCUUCAAGAAGCCAUGCUCCAGGGCUGAGUGUGAGACCAGGAGGGACUGCCUUGCCAAAGUCAUCUAUGCUAAGUUGUUUGAAUGGCUUGUUUUGGUGAUAAAUGAAAGCAUCUAUGGAGAUCCAUCUGUCUGGACCAGCUUCAUAGGGUUGUUGGAUGUUUAUGGGUUUGAAGCCUUCCCUGAAAACAACCUGGAGCAGCUUUGUAUUAACUAUGCCAAUGAGAAACUGCAGCAGCACUUUGUAGCACACUACCUGAAGGCACAACAGGAGGAAUAUGCAGCUGAAGGCCUGCAGUGGUCCUUCAUCACCUACCAGGAUAACCAGCACUGCCUGGACCUGAUAGAGGGAAAUCCUCUCAGCAUUUUUUCUUUGCUGAAUGAGGAGUGCCGCCUGAACAGAUCCUCCAACCCUGACCUCUUCCAGACCCGGAUUGAGAAAGCUCUGUCUCACAACCAGUGCUUAAGUCGAAACAAGUUUAGUAAGAAGCCUAACUUCAUUAUUUCACACUAUGCUGGCAAAGUCUGCUAUCAGCUGGCAGCAAUGGUGGAGAAAAACAAGGACCCCAUUCCACCAGAGCUGGUCCAUGUCUUGCAGAACUCUAAGGACCCUUUGCUUCAAAAAUUAUUUCCUGUGACAGAAAGGAACCAAAAUGACAUCAAAACCCAGAGCAGAGCUGCUGUUGUUACAGUGGUGUCAAAGUUCAAGAGUUCCCUGGAGCAUCUCAUGCAGAUUCUGACCAGCACCACACCCCAUUACAUCCGGUGCAUCAAACCCAAUGCUGACUGCAAGGCCAGGACUUUUAAAAGAGAAGAGGUUCUCAGCCAGCUUCAGGCCUGUGGAAUAGUUGAAGCCAUCAGCAUCAGUGCAGCAGGCUUCCCUGUUAGGAUCCCUUGCCAGAGCUUCACUGAGCGCUAUGGAAUUCUGAGAAAAUCCUGUGGGUCCCAUAAAACCAGAGUGCAGGAUAAAAGCAACCACCACACUGCUGAGAAAGCAGGUGGGGCUCCAGUGGUGGGUGAUGACAACACCUCCCGUUCUGUUGUUCUGGAGAUCCUUCAGGAUGUUUUUAUGGAACAAGCUGCUGCUGAGCCAUCAGGGAGCAGAGCAGGGACCCCUUCAGUGCACUGCGGCAAAACCAAAGUGUUCAUGGGCAGCUCUGUGCUGGAGCACCUUGAAGCUAGAAGAGCAGAGGUGUUAAAUGAGAAGGCAUUCUGCAUCCAGUGUUGCUGGAGAAGAUUUAAGGAGAAGAAGGUGGCCAAGGAGAGAUGGGCUGCAACUGUCAUCCAGACAGGUGUUCGUUCCUGGUUAGCCAGGACUCGAUUCCAGAGGAUGCGCAGGGCUGUGGGUGUGAUCAAGCAUGGCUGGAGGAAAUGGAAAGCAAAAAUGGCUGCGUUAGCAGCAGCAGAGUUGGAUGAGGGUGAAGAAAAAGCCUUCUCCUCAGUUCCUGGAGCUCCAGUGAUCCCAGCCAAAGCCCCUUGCUCUCUGGAAGCAGCGUGGCCUCUGCAGGCUAUAAUUCAGUUCUGGCCUCUUGGCCUUGUCCUGGCUGCUGCUCCUGUCACUGUCAUGGGACCUCGGAGAGACCUGAGCCUGCUUGGAUGCCUCAGAGUACUGCAGGAGAGCGACUGCUACAAGGUGGAAAGCUGCUCCUUUGGCUGUGGCAUCACUUCCAUCAGAGCUCUCCCACAGGGCUCUGUCAAGUUUCACUGUAAGAAGUCUCCCCUGCAUUAUGCAAAUGUCAGCCCUCACAGGGAUGCCUAUUCCAUCACUGGAUUUAAUCAGAUUUUAUUGGACAGAAAAGAACUACUUCCAACCUAGCUUUCUGGCCAUCAGCACAUCCUCUGUACUUUUUCCUGCAGGGAAGGACUUGUCUGCAAGCUGCUGCUUUUAAAUUACUCACCGUCCAUAUCUGCUGCUACCUCAGAGCUUCCCAUAUUGAUGCAUAUUGAUAUUGUACUUAUAAUAUACUUCACAAUCAGAAUGCAAGGGGGAGCAUCCCUCCUCUCACACUCAUGCACAAAUCAGAGGUAAUACCAGUCCUACAGAACAUAAUUAAAAUAGAUCAGGUGCUUCAAGCAAAACAUACUUGAACUGAACACUUUUGACACUACCUGGGAGAAGCAAGAGGCUUCAGUAAGAGCAAAUCAGGCAAACAUUUCUGACACGUGCAGGAUUCUGGUGAGGAGCUACAACCACAAGUACUCUGACUGACCACGAGGGUUCAGUAACACCCUAACUGCUGACUGUGACCCAGGAGGUACCUAGCAGUCAGCUGGAACUAACAGCAGAUGUCUCAGGGAAAAGCAAGACUGGACUCUUUGCUUUUUAUCUUCAGGACCAAAACAUGAACUCUCUCUCACCAGCACCAUUCCCUCUGCCAGGCAGCCCAGGUUCUCAUCAGAGGUACUUUACACCAUCCCUGGUGCUUACAUGGGUCUUGAAAAUGUUCAGCUCUUCUCUGUAUGCCACUGUUAAAUAAAACUGUUAAAUGCCCUGUCAA